GCGGGCGUGCAAGCGCAAAGCUUUCAGAUUCCGAUGAACUCCUGAACGCCACUGGUACUCUCUGUUGUCCAGGAUGGAGCUCCGAGACGCAAGACAAAUCUCAUUUACUUUUAUUUUGCCUCUUCUGUUUUAUGAAAGCAAACCACCGUAUCUCCUGACAUCGUGAACUAGAAUUAUGAGUAUUGCCUUCUGUGUCUUCUGAGCAUCUCCCUGCAUGGCAGUCAUUAGGAUAUCCGUCGUUUUUAUCGUGUGCAGUGAGUGGGCAUGGGGAUAUAACCGUUAAUAAAUGUUUUAACGGCAGCGCUAGUACCCGUCCAGCUGGAUGAUUAACGUCGCUGUCAGACGCACUGGAGAACAGCAGACGAAAAGUGGUCCUUUGCUGGAGUCCCUGCUGGAGGGGAAUUUUGAAAGCGUUUUGCUGAGUCCUGUCAUCCUGGAUAUUCUGGGUGCGGACCGUGCCGGGGAAGAGAAGAUCGAUGGCUUUCUGGAGAAGCAGGUCCUGGCUUACCUAAGCAACUCCACAGAGGAUGACAAGGCUGAGAGGGAGGCCGUGCUGUUUGCACUGGCUGUGGCCUGCGUGCAGCUCUUCGCCCAGAGUAACUGGACUGGCCCUCCUGUUGACAUCCAGGCACACGACCUCCUCCCCCCCGCUCUGCUGCAGCACUUCUCGGAGCCUCAGGCCCUCGCCGCAUCGGUCCUGAACAGCCUGGUCCUGGAUGGGGAGUCUGUGUACAGCCUGGUGUCCAACCCCAUCCUGCUGGUGUUGGCCCGGGUGGUGCUCAUCAGCUGUGCCUCCAAACUCGAAAGCUUUCAGCUGCUGCCCUGGUGGGCCCUGCGAUGCGUCGCCCUGCACCAGCAGCUGCUGGAGGAGCGCUCGCCCCGGCUGCUGGCCGAGGCCGAGGACUGCAUGGAGAGAGUGAUGAAAACGGAAGACCUCUUCAACAAUGACGGUUACCGGCAUUUGCGUAUCCAGUUCCACCUUGAAUGUGGCUAUGCAUCCCUGAUGUAUUACUGUUACAAGAAGGCAAACGAACACUUCAAUCAAGCAAAGGAUCUAGCCAGACUUGAGAUUAACCUGACAGGAGCCCUGGGGAAGCGCACGCAGUUCCAGGAAAAUUACUUGGCACAGCUGAUCCUGGACGUGCAGCUCAAGGAGGGUGUCCCGUCUGAGGGCAGCGUCUCCCCUGCACCUACGCCACUGGACUGGCUCCCGAAGGAUCACGACCUGAGUGAUGAUAUAGUUCUCAACACGAUAAACUUGGCAGAACCUGGCCAGUAUCAGCUUCCCGACCUGAGUGCUGAGGAACAGGCUGUCAUUCUGGGAGUCUGCACAGAUUACCAGAAGAACAAUCCUGUGCACAAGCUGACUGAAGAGGAAAUCCUUGCUUUCACAUCACGCCUGCUGUCCCAGCCCAAGUUCUGGGCCAUCGAGGUGGCGGCCCUGACCCUGAGGACGAGGCUGGAGCGAGGGAGUUCGCGCCGGGUGGAGAGAGCCAUGAUGCAGACGCAGACUCUGGUGGAUCACUUUGAAGAGAAGAAGACUCCCGUGGUGGAACGUCUGAAGGUGUUCUACUGCAGCCAGGUGCCUCCACGGUGGGCCCUCCAGCGGCAGCUCGCCAGCCUGCUGACCGACCUGGGCUGCACCAGCUCCGCCCUGCAGCUGUACGAGACCCUGGAGAUGUGGGAGGACGCAGUGGUCUGCUAUGAAAGACUGGGCCAGCACGGCAAGGCGGAGGAGAUUCUGCGCAGGGAGCUGGAGAAGCGGGAGACCCCCUCGCUCUACUGCCUGCUGGGAGACGUGCUGCGGGAGCAUCAGUACUACGACAAAGCCUGGGAGCUGUCGGGCGGCCGCAGCGCCCGCGCGCAGCGCUCCAAGGCCCUGCUGCACCUGCGCAGCAAGGAGUUCCAGCAGUGCAUCGCCUGCUUUCACCACUCGCUCGGCAUCAACGCCAUGCAGCUCGGUGUGUGGUUCUCUCUGGGAUGUGCCUAUAUAGCUGUAGAAGGCUAUGAAGGGGCUGCAAAGGCAUUCCAGAGAUGUGUUGGUCUGGAACCAGAUAACGCUGAAGCCUGGAAUAACCUGUCCACAGCGUAUAUCCGUCUGAAGCAGAAAACCAAGGCGUUCAGGACACUGCAAGAAGCUCUCAAGUGCAAUUAUGAGCACUGGCAAAUUUGGGAGAACUACAUCACCACAUGUAUUGAUGUGGGGGAGUUUGCAGAAGCCAUUAAAGCAUACCACAGGCUGCUGGACCUGAGAGAGAAGUACAAGGAUGUACAGGUGUUGAGGAUCCUGGUCAAAGCCGUCGUGGAGGAGCUGACUGACAUGCAGGGGGAGAAAGCUUCCAAUCAGAGGGUCCGGCUGCAGGAGCUCUUCGGCAGAGUGACCUCUAGAGUGACCAACGACGCCGAGAUCUGGAGGCAGUAUGCCAAACUGUAUGGCGAUGGGCACAGCGUCAGCUGCGAAGACAACGAAAAAGCACUACAGUUCCUGGCCAAAGCACACCGCUGUGAGACGCAGGGGAGUGGAUGGGAGAAAGACAUUGGGACCUUCAGGGAUGUGGUGAAAGGGGCAGUGGAACUGGCCAAUGUCACAAUUACCUGCAGUAAAAGCAAGUCCAACCCCCAGGAAGCCUUACAGAUGCUGUCUUCAGCUCGCCUCAGCCUCCGCAGUCUAUCAUCGAGAGCAAAGCAACUUUACACUGAUGUUGCCACUGGGGAGAUCCAUACUGACCUGGCUGAUGACGUUAGGACCCUGGAAAACCUGAUCACGGAGCUUCAGAACUUGAGUGCCCAGCUCAAAGCCCAGUGACAAGAGCCAGGACUGAAGACCUGAAACCACAGACUGAAAGGAACCUGAACUAGGCCACCAGUUAUCUCAUGAUGUCUAACGCCAAGUUGUUUUUGUACAUUUUAUACCAGUUCUGCAAUAUCUGUCGUCGUGGAUUAAAACGCCAAAUUAAAAAUC